CGAAUGUUUCAACUGCUUCAAUUUUGAGCAGGUUUUUGGUUCUGUUUUCUGGUGUUCCUCACUUGGCGGUUUCCCUGUUUUGCCUUUGGGGGAGAUUUUAGGCAUGCCUUUCAAAGGAACUUCGUUAGUAUGCGCACAUGUUCACUAGAGUGUUAGUUUUCCUACCGUUUUCCUUUCCCCAUGAGUGCCUGUCCAGAUAGUAAAUGUUGCUGAACGUGUUUGGGUUGCCGUUACACUGAAGCAAUUUGCUAUAGAAUAUCCUUUCUAAAAGUUGCGCUCCUCCUGUUCAGGGUUCCCUGGUAGUUUUGUUCAAGCCGUGUGAGGAAGGUACGUAUCUGGACGGGCAAAGGUGAAAGCGCAUUGUCCUUUCUCUUCCCCCAAUCUUACCAUGCUAUAUAAGCAUUAGAGAGCUUUUAGGUCAGAAAUUUUAAUAGCUGUAUAUUGGGCAGGGAGCACUUCAGAGAGUGGGGAACGGAAAAGUUAUCCUUUUUUUAAACAAAUCACGAAUUUCCUUUUACCUAGGAGGUCCCCUGAGUGUGUAGAAAUCACUCCCUUAUUUUGGAUGGAUCCAUUCUGCUUCCAAAGUGAUAGGCACUCAACCACCUGAGUUCACUACAGGAGGAGGAGAUAUUAAUUACACCCAGAUCAAUUAUAUAAGUUCUAUUUAGCACCUUUUCAGUGAACUUACAAAAGGAAACUGUUGUGGGCUUUUCACUAACGUGUCAUCUUCAGUAGCCAAUGUAGGAUGACCUGUUGCAGAGUACAUUAUAUUAAAUGUGCAGCUGUUUCAGCAAUGUGGUGUUCAGGCAAUGACUUGGUUUGAAUGUCUCAGGUAUACAAGUGUGUCACUGUUUUCAUCUGUGAAACUUUUUUGGGUGUUUUUUUAUUGCAAAAUUAAUGUUUGAACACCUUUCUCUGUCAUAAGAUGCAGUGUACCUUCCAAAGGGACUUGUUAAUUUGCAAUGAUGCUGAGACUUCUCUGUAAUAGAUCAUUUUCUUGGCAGUUACUGCUUCUGAUUCUAUCAUGCCAGUCUCCCAAAUGGUCUGCCAGCACCAUGUUUAUAUGACUCCUGCCUUUAGAUUGGCAGUUUGGGGAAGAGGCCUUUAGUUUGGCCCAUGGCUUUUAGUUGCUCAACUUUGCUUUAGUCCUUUAAUAAUACAGUGGCUGAGUACAUGCUAUACAUUUACAGCACAUCCUCCCGCCCCGAGUCCUGUAGUUUACCCCUCACAGAGCUACGAUUCCCAGCACUCUUAACAAACUACAGUUUCCAGGGUUAGGGAGGGGUGCUUUAAAUGCGUGGUGUGUAUGCAAUUGUAGUUUCUAUUCUGUGGAAACUACUGACUGAGCAGAAGUUAUGACUGCUAGUUUCAAUAGGCAAAAGUACAAUCUUGGUUUUGGGGGACAGUUUGCUUCUGAUCCUCAGAUGCUUGGGAAUAGCAGGGAUUAGAUAUUGCCAACCUGUUUGUGAGCCUCCCUAAUGUAUCUCUUGCCACUCAAUUUCUUCAUGCAUUAAAAGUAUUUUCUGCAUGGUGAUCAUCUUGGCACAUAAGUACUCAAUAACUGUAUGAAUUUUUGCUUCUAGAGCCAACAAGGGGCAGAUGCACAGUUUUCUUCUCGUACUACUGGUUUGCCUCACAAUUGCAAUUUUUACAUUCUUAUCACUGCUUUUGUGGUUGGAAUCCAACUCUCCCCGUUUUUGUUAUGUAUUUAAGGCAGGGAUGGUUAACCCCCUAAAUGUUGUUGGACUUAAGCUCACAUCAGCCGCAGCCAGCAUGGCGAGUAGCUGGGAAUGGUGGGAGUUGGAGUCCAGAAACAUCUGAAUGGCCAAAGGCAAGCCACCCAUGGUUCAGGGGCUUGAGCAAAGCAAGUGUUCAUGGCAGAGAGCUGAUAUGGCCCAUUAGUUGUUGAUCUGAGUCUGGGUUCACUUUCCUUCUCAGUGAUGAGUUGUUUUACACUUAACACAUUCUGUGGUUGUGUAUUUUCAAUUGUUAACAUGUAAAAUAUGGAUAGUGGAUAUGUAGAACUGUAUGUUUAGGAAUAGAUAUGCAUUGAGGAGUUGCAGCCAGUUAGGAGCUUGCAUAUCAGAGGACCCUGAAUCUUCAGGGACAGGUGUGUUUUUACUUUUUUCAUGUAGCAAUUGUAUUUCCCAUCUGAAGCAGCUCUCAAUGUCAGAAGGUAUAUUGGCUUUAGCUGAUUCUGUAGUUGCUUUUUUGCAGGUGUAUUCUUCCCAUUUCUGCACAUGAUGAAGUUCCACCUGUAUUUUCAUGCACAGGAAAAUGUUUUGUGCAAAUUGGUAGUGCAAAGUUUUGACCUAGAGUUCUGAGUUUCAUAAUCUUGUUUAUUAGUCAAACCUAUGUGUUACCAAUUUACACAGUGUUGCUUCUGGUGGUUCAAAUAUGAAUGAUGCUUUUCACUGAGGGAACAAAAUUAUGUAACAUCUGAAUGAAUUCCUGGCCACAGGAGUUGUAUGUCCAAAACAUCUGGAGGGCUCCAAGUCGGUGAAGACUGUGAAUAGAGGGUUAUCCAACAGUUGUACAGUUUGGGCAAGAAAUUUGGCCCCCCUCUGGGGACUGCUUGUCCUUUCAAGGGAAGACUACUCGCUUUUGAUGUUGGUUAUGUUGAAGCUAAGUGGAAAAAGGAUAUAGACUAAUGAAUUGGUCCUCAGUUUUGCUUUAAUAAGUCACAUCUCAUUUUCUGACUUUGAUUCAGGGAUGUAGCCUUGCAACUUGUAGUAAAGGCUGACUACCCAUGCCUUUCCCUCCUGCUGCUCAGUUUCUUCCUUUCAUGUCAAACCUGCUGGAACUGGUAGCAAAAGAAACCAAAUAUUUUAUAGGUGCCAGUUUCAUCCCUUUUGGGGAGACCAGGUUUCUAAGUUCCAGCCCAACAUAAACUUCUGAAUGUUUGGGUUCCUUUAUAAAUUCUUUCAAAAAUCUGGACAAUUAAUGUACUUGGAAAUUCGUGUAGAUUUGGUGAUUUACCACUCUCAAGCCUUAAAGGCAGGUAGAAGAUGCUUUAGUAAUAUCCCAGAACUUGUGUGGAUCUUUAUUGCUAGGAAAGGGGCGUAACAAUUGUGAUCUAAUACUCGUUUGCAGCUGAGGAAUGAGUACAGUAGGGCCCCACUCAUACGGCAGGUUACGUUCCGGACCCCCGCUGAAAAGCAAAACUCAUUGAAUAGAAUGGUGCGCAACGCCCAAAAACUGCUGUAAAAGCAGAACAAGCGCCGUAUGAGUGGGGCUUUAGUCUAAUUGUGUCUAAUUGAGACCGCCGCAUUAGUGAAGCACUGUAAAGCGAGGCCCUACUGUAUGUAGUUGCAGACCAGUCACCUUUUUCAUCCUUACAAGGAUGACUGAUACAGUUGCAGUACUGCCUCUCAUACUCUUCUUACACAAGACAUGAGACAGGGCUGUAACAGCUCCCCAAGGCACUUGCCAUAGCUUGGCGAUCUACAUGAAAAGCAUGUGAAAAUAUCUGGUUCAGACCUCUGAACCGCUGUUUAAAUAAUCUCAGGUAGCAGAGACAGGAAAAUCCUCUGCUUGAGACCUUGGGUGGCUACUGAUAGUGGUGGUUCACAUGAAUCACCAGUCCAUAGUUUGGGAUUAUGCGAAUGAGCUUAUCUAAACUUUCAGGUGCACAUGCUCCCUCCCCUUAUGUGUAGCAAUUCCCUCCUUCUAUUCCUGGUUUUAGCUCAAAUGAGAAAAGGAGAGAGGUAAUUGCCACAUAUGACAGGAGGAGAAAGCGUGUGAGACUGAGGUUUGUGCAUAUAGUGCACUACAUCUUUAGCUCCAGCCAGCAUGCCCAAUGGUGAGGGAUGAGAGUUGUAGUGCAAAACAUGUGGAGGACAUGUGGUUGGAAAAAGCUGAACUAGAUAGAGCGAUGGUCUGACUUGGUCACCACAUUUUCACGUUAGGGUAAGCCAUGGCUCACUGUGCAUGAGCUGAUUGCAGUUGUUUUGCUGCUCCCUGUAAGUAAACCACAAUCAAUAGCUUAAUAUUGUAUCUGAACCAGGGAUGGUGGUUUGCUUUAGCAUGAUUGGUAAGCCAAGAACAACCUUGGCAUAUUGUGGUUUGGAACACAAUGAAACAUGAUCCUGGUUUGGAUGUAACAUUAAGUUGGGGAUAGCAGUUUGUUUUCCCCCAGUGUGAGCAGGAAGGAGUGAAGCAGGUGUCAUCAGCUCAUGCAUGGAAAGCCAUAGCUUAUGGUUUACCACUAUGUACACACAUACAGCUAGUGUACAGCAGCUUCGUAUAUUCAAAUAAAAGAAGAGCUGUGUAGUUUCAUCACACCACAUUUUUUUCCUUGGAUAAGGAGUAUUAUUGUAAUCUUUCAAGAGUAAGAUUGUUGUGGUGACUAGGAGGAGGUGCUGUUACUACUCUGCAUACCCAAGGGAAGCUUGUAAUUGCCCUUCUAUGUUGAUCGUACAUAAUGUUAUGGUAACUCGUGUUAUGACAGCAUGCGUUGGUACACUGUGGUCUUCAGCUGCAUACUUAAUGCCCAAGUGCCCUCAUGAAAAGUUGCAGAAUUCCUUGUAAACACAUCUGACUUUUGUAUUGAUAUAUAAAAGUGAUGUGGUCAAUCAGAUAUUUUUAUACGUAAAAAUGAGUGAUUAUUUGAGGGUGCCCUCCCUCAGUAGUACAUAUUCAUUCAAGCAUUGCCAACAACUAUAAAAUAUGCUUCUGCCACUUGAUGUAUGUCUACCUCUAGAAAGUUCUAACUAAUCUUCCUGUUUCAUAAUGUGAAUUAGGAAUUAUUGUUUGUAACAUUCUAUGCAUUUCUAGUUUAUUUGUUCAGACCAUCAUUUUAAGGAAACAUGCUGUACAGCUCUUGGGUGUGACGGGAUGUGGUUAAGUACUAGAUAAUAUUUGAAAUUGGUUUAGAAGAUAGAAUUCUAUGACAAAUGUGAAGCUGGAUGGUACUCCUGCAGCUGGAGUACUAUCAAUUUUUUAACAAGUUUCUGCCAUCAGUGCCUUAAUCCUUUGCAGAAUCUCCUCAGCUUCCCCCCCCCCCAAGUCUGUAAUAAAUCAUUACACGGGGUUGGGGCAUAGCUCCUACUAUCCCUUUCCCCUUCUCUUCUAUCUGCUACUCUUCUAGCAUCGGAGUGUUCUUCUGUUAGAAAAGGGAAGAAACUGUGAGGGUAGCAACAGCAGACAGAAUCCUCCCGUAUGUUUGCUUAGCUAGAGAAGCAUAUCGGCACACCACAGCUGCUGCUGCUCUGCUGCUCUGGGCAUGUUGCUGUGACAGAAAAGAUUCAGUGUACAGAUGCUGGAACCAGAGCAAUUUAUGUUAGGAAAGGGUACGAGUCAGGGUGGAGUUACUGCUGCCAUUCUUAAAUCAUGUGGACUCAAGUGUCAACAGAUUUUGGGUGGCUUUGGUGGCAAACCAAAAACUUCUUGCCAGAACUUGCCCCUGCUUGUGGGCAGGGUAUCUUAUCCCUCACCUCAUGCUGCAUGUCCGAAAUGUAGUAUGAGGUAGAGGACAAACUAAAACACCUCUUGCUGAGAGCCAGUGUGAAGGAAUGUAACUGUUCAUUCAUUUGCGGUGUUUUUAAUGGCAGAUGGUGGUUUUUCUGAUUUAAAUGGUGGUUGUGACCAGGAGGAUCAAAAGUUCAGCCCAAUGAACUUAAGUAUGAAAUGAAACACAAAGCGGGAGGGAGGGGGAGAGAAACAAAAAAAUGGGAAUCAGAAACUAAAACAAGCCUCUACUCCCCCCCUUCUGAUUUGCCAAAAGAUUGGCAGGGGGAGUAAAAAUGUUGUAUGUAAGUAAAAUCUGCUAAAUGGGAAAUCGGUGCGUCUGCGUCACAGAGAGAAAGCUAAACCACUAUGAAAGUUAGACAUGGUUGCAGCUCAGUAGACAGAAGAACUGCUUUGCUUUCCUCCAUUUCCUCUUGGAGUGCAGGCUUCAGUACAAUGCCAUCACCACUGGCAAGGGAUGGCAGAGGCAUGUGGGUUUUCUCUGCCUCUGUGCUUCCUAGCCAGGUGAAUGGACAUCUAACUACCUGGCAGGUGCAGCAACCAUUCCCUCCACCCAAGGUGAAGUGGGGAGGGAUGAUUCUCACCCCUCUUGCAGCUCCAGUGUUGGGAGGAAUCCUCAGCUUGUUGAUGAGCAGGGUUGUGUACAUCUCUUCUCUUCCGCCCCCCAACCCCCGCCCCCCCAACCCAAGACUUUCUGCACUCACAGAAAGAACAUAAACAUCAGAUGUAGCAGUGCCAGCAGCUCCUCUGGAGAAAUAGCCAAACAUUUUGGCAGUUGCAUCUCUACUAUUUUCUGAGGGAAAGCUCAGCUGUGCCUAGUUGACCAGCCUCAAGGAAUAGGCUCGCCUAGUGUUUAUCAUGCUGUGAUAGUUAUAUUUUUGGAAUUUUUUGCUUGGGGACUACUGACAGCACCUACCUUAAUGGUUUUGCAUGAAACCUUCCCCAAACAUACCUUUUUAAUGAAUGGCCUAAUUCAAGGAGUAAAGGGUUUAUUGUCUUUCCUGAGCGCUCCUCUGAUCGGGGCUCUGUCUGAUGUUUGGGGCCGAAAAUCCUUCCUCCUGUUAACAGUAUUUUUUACUUGUGCUCCAAUUCCUCUGAUGAAAAUCAGCCCAUGGUGGUACUUUGCUGUUAUCUCUGUCUCUGGAGUCUUUGCAGUGACCUUCUCAGUGGUGUUUGCUUAUGUAGCAGAUAUAACCCAAGAACAUGAAAGAAGCAUGGCCUAUGGCUUGGUUUCAGCAACUUUUGCUGCAAGUUUAGUUACCAGCCCUGCCAUUGGUGCCUACCUUGGUCGAGUGUAUGGAGACAGUCUGGUUGUGGUCCUAGCGACAGCUAUUGCAUUGUUGGAUAUUUGCUUUAUCCUUGUUGCUGUACCUGAAUCAUUGCCAGAAAAGAUGCGGCCUGCAUCAUGGGGAGCACCCAUUUCUUGGGAACAAGCUGAUCCGUUUGCGUCAUUGAAGAAAGUUGGCCAAGAUUCCAUAGUGCUGCUAAUCUGCAUAACAGUCUUUCUUUCAUACCUCCCUGAGGCAGGACAGUAUUCCAGCUUCUUCUUGUACCUCAGACAAAUAAUGAGAUUUUCACCAGAAAGUGUUACAGCAUUUAUAGCAGUCCUUGGGAUUCUCUCCAUUGUUGCCCAGACAAUAGUUUUAAGUUUACUUAUGAGGUCAAUUGGAAACAAAAACACCAUCCUGUUGGGCCUGGGAUUUCAAAUACUGCAGCUUGCAUGGUAUGGCUUUGGCUCAGAACCUUGGAUGAUGUGGGCAGCAGGGGCUGUUGCAGCCAUGUCUAGCAUUACGUUUCCAGCCGUUAGUGCACUUGUUUCGCGAACUGCCGAUGCUGAUCAGCAGGGUGUCGUUCAAGGAAUGAUAACGGGUAUUAGAGGACUCUGUAAUGGCUUAGGACCAGCACUUUAUGGUUUUAUAUUCUACAUUUUCCAUGUAGAAUUGAAUGAAGUUUCAGUGACUCAAAAUGACCUAGAAGAUAACAUAGCCACACAGCACCAUUCGCAACAGAACGCCAUCAUUCCUGGUCCCCCGUUCUUGUUUGGGGCAUGCUCUGUAUUACUGGCUCUGCUGGUUGCCUUGUUUAUUCCUGAACAUACCAACUUAAAUGUUCGAUCAAGCAACUGGAAAAAACACUGCGGUGGCCAUGGCCAUCCACACAGUCCACAAGCCCCUGGGGAGGCCAAGGAACCUUUAUUACAAGACACAAAUGUAUGACAACAAAACUCAAGGACUCUUAGAGCGAGCUUCUUUUCCACCUGCAGUUCUGGAUGCACAUUCAAUUUCCAUUGAAAGUGUCAUUUCUUAAGGCGGUCUUAAGAAAUUUAUCUCUUUGCAUGAAAAUGGUAAGAACCACAAACAGGAAGUGGAAAAUUCUCCAAAGAAGUUACAACUUAAAUUAUUUGAAUUUUUAAAAAGAAAAUUCUAGGAUUCUCGCCAUAACAUCCUAGUGAAAUAUUAAAUCUUUACAUCUUAAUUUUGAAACAAAAUUAUAUAUAUUCAAGGUAUUGGCAUGUGUUCUUGCAUCAGUUUCCGGAAGGUGUUAAGCUUUAUUUUCUUCAUGCUGGUCUCAAUGAGACAUACUAGCAGGACUUGGGUACCCAUUUAUUUUAUCUGUAAAAUCUUGGGUCAGAUGAAUUCAAAGCCUUAAUGUAGAUGCACUUGCCCAAGAAGGUGAAUUGGAUUGACCUUGGACUGUCAAAUCAGUGUCUGGCAGGCUUUCUUUAUUUUAACUAACAUGAUCAUGUGUUGAACACACAUCCUGAACAGUACACACUCCUUUAAGUGCAUUAUUCUGCUAAUUCUUUUGUUCUUUUAAGGAGGUAUAUUUCAAUAUGUAGUACUUCAACUAGCGGGUAGUAUGAGCCUAAAAGAUUUUUUAUUACUGGCUCUGAAAUUCUACCUUCCUAAAUACAAUUUGAUACCACUAUGCUUUGGUUUUUUGCGUAAGGACCUCAACACUUGAACACACAUACUCAACUCUAAGCUGAUAGCCCUGAAGAUGUCGGUGUGCUCUACUGGAUUGCCUCUUCUGUUAGUGGACAGUUUCAGUAGCUAUUAAGUACAGAGCUAAGGCCAAAUGGCAGUUGAUCUGCCUUUUCUUCUGAUAUUUGUAAAUGAAGUCUGCAGAGUGAGAGUGGUGACUGGUAAGUUGCCCUGUCUAGAAAUAGAAGUGGCAAUCCUUCUCUAUAGUGGCCUUUCAGGACUGUCACAAGUAACGCUUCAGAGCUAAGGGUUACUCUUGCAGCUUCAGGACCACAGUACAGGAGAGAGCUUUAUACAAUUACUGAUGUGAAUUUCUCUAAAAAUGUAUAUUUUUGUGUCAAGUUGUAUUAUUUAAAUGUUCCUUUGUAUAAAAUGUGUAUAAAGUAUUGUAUAGUUCAAAAUGUUUUCAACUUGUACUGUGGUUAUUGCUUAGCUUUUUAAACUCUCCACGGUUGACUAAAAGCUGGAAAAAUAUGUAAAUAUACUGUUAAUAAAGUUGAAUAUUUUA